AUGUCAGGACUCUGCUCGUCCGAAAGAGGUUGUGGGUUUGAGGUGAAUUGCGAAGACACGAGCGCCUGUCGAUGGGCAAUAUUCAACGAAAUGUAUGAUUUAGGCAAGUCUGACUUUGUCGUGGAAAGCAUGCUUGUCGAACAAACCCAGUUCGAGGGCCACUGGGGCUCGGAUGGGGGGACAGGGCCGGGAGGAAAGCCACAUUAA